AUGUUGCCUACAACCUCGAGAGGACGUACAUCAUCGUCCUCCACUUCUCGAGCUAACUCCUCCACUUUCCCUCACUACCUCCGUCGAAUCAUCAAGUGGCAACAAAUGGAUAUUGAAUACACUUUCUGGCAAAUGCUUCACUUGUGCACAUCACCGAAAGUUGUCUAUCAGCACACUAAGUAUCACAAACAAACUAAGAAUCAAUGGGCACGUGACGACCCUGCUUUUGUUGUAAUCUGCAGCCUUCUUUUGGCAGUUGCAGCUUUGGCUUAUUGUGCUGCGUAUGACCACAGUGCCGGACAUGCUGUUUUUGUAGUUAUUUCCGUAUUACUUUUUCAUUUUUUAAUUUCUGGAGCAGGUCUGGCUACAUGUUGUUGGUUUCUAACUAAUGCAUACCUUCGGGAGGAGGCUCCAAAUAGUCAUGUCGUUGAGCAACGGGUUGAAUGGCUGUAUGCAUUUGAUGUGCACUGCAAUUCUUUCUUCCCAAUGUUUGUCAUGCUUUAUGUUAUACAUUAUUUUCUAUCACCUCUUUUGGUUGCCCAUGGUUUCAUACCUGUAUUGCUGUCAAACUUGCUGUUCAUGGUGGCGGCCUCAUACUAUCAUUACCUCAACUUUUUAGGCUAUGAUGUGUUACCCUUUCUGGAGAGAACAACAUUUUUCCUCUAUCCAAUUGGUGCUGUCAUUGUCUUGUCUCCUAUUUUGAUUUUAAGUGGCUUCAACCCUUCGAGAUAUUUUAUGAAUGUGUACUUUAGUCAAAGGGUGUGA